AUGGGGAAGACAGAUGCGCAGUCUCCGAGCUCCGGCCCGGCCGGGGCGCGCCCGGAGAGUGGAGGGAGGAAGUCUUUGUCGCCGGCAGAGGUGAACGAGAUGCGACUGAACUACUGCAUGGCCGUCCUUGCCGGCCGGGAAGUCCGCGUGAAUCUGGAGAACGGCGGCCGAGUCCAAGGGCUGUUCCACACCUACGAGAAGAAGGAGCGGAAAGAUGGGCAAGAAGGCGACUUGGUGCUGUACUGCGCGAGGGAUUUGCCUUCGAAAACGCGCGUCAGUGGAGAAAUCAAACGGCAGAUGCACGUGCCGGACCGCGGCUUCGUGUCCUUCCAUGCCAGCGACGUGCCUCUCGUCCCCUCCGCCCCGGCGACGAGCUCAACGGCGUCGGGCUCCAGUUCCGGGGUCUCAGCCGUCUCAGGCGCGGCGGGAUCGGUCUUUCAAACAGACACGCAAAUCAGUGCACACGGAGGAAAGCGGUUCAGCGACCGGGCAGGUAGGGGGGGUGCGGCGCACCCGCGAGAGCUCCAGAAAUGGGUCGGCGACGGCGCUUCUCGAAACGACGACACCUUUGGAGCUCUCGAAGCGCCAUCUGGGAGCGGCGCGGGAGGCCGGCGCAUGAAUGGUGCCUCGGACUGGGACCAGUUCGCGGUCAACGAGCAGCGCUUCGGGGUCCGUAGCUCGUACAAGGAGGAACUGUACACGACGAAGCUGGACCUAGAUGCCAUUCCGCUCCAGGUCCAGCAGCAGGCAGACAGAAUCGCCACCGAGCUGGAGAAACAGCAACAGGGAACGCGCGACGGAGCUGUGGACGACGCCCACGGGGGAGAGGACGAGGAGGCGCUGUUCAGCGCCGUCACAGGCACGGGGGGUUACUCGCACCAUCGGCGAGCGCCGCCUGAUGGCCCAGGCUCCGGCGUGCCGUCGAGUCGCGUGGCAGCCUGCCCUGCGGCCGACAGUGGGAUCGCUGGAGGCGCGAGAGGAUCCAAGAGCUCGGUCGCGUCGGGGGCCUUCCCUCACGGGGUAUCGUCUUUGGCGGUCCAUGCAAGCAAGAGCGGCGCUGCGCAUAGUGGACUGUCCCCUGUGGGGGGUUCCGGGGCCGAGAGAGGCGGAGACAGAGGCUCGAGCGCGGCCUCAGCUGCCUCGGCUUCGGCCACGGGCGUCAACAGCCGCUCGGGAGGCGCCGGCGCGCAGGCCAGCAAGGGAAGCAGUGCAGGCGCUCAGUCUGGAGCUAGCACCGGCCACGUGGCGAAAGUCGCUGGAGGUGCGCUGCGGAAGUUGAGAGAAAAUCUGGAGAUUGCCGCAAAGGAAAACCAACGAAAGGAGCUCUCGAGAGUCCACACACCAGCUUCGGGUGGUGCAGGCGCCAGAGGACCCGGUGUUGCGUCGACGCCUCCUCACAAAGAGCUCCACGAGACUCACAAGAAAAUGCGGAGCAUUCUCGCAUGUGGUUCGCCUGCGAGAGCACCGGCGCUGCACGAGUUGGGAGGGAUAAAUGCGUUGAAUUUGGAGCCCGCGUUGCCCAAGUUGGACGACCAGACGCAAGAGGAGUGGCUGAACUUCAAGAAGAACAAGAACCAGCAGUCGCAGCCUGGAGGCGGGGAAAUCAAGCGGCGAGAUCGCGCGCAAGACAAGAACGAGUUCCUCAAUGCCUCGAAAGUCUUCACGCAGUUGCUGGAAAAGAACAAGUCUCCAGCUUCAGGGAGCAGCGGAACGGGGGGUGGCGCCUCUUCCGACGGAUCCCCUGCGUCUGCGUCGUCCUGUGCAGAGGCUUCCCAGUCGUCGUCCUUCGGCGCGAAGAAAGGCUUCCAGUUCAAUCCGCAUGCGAACGCCUUCACGCCGUCAACGCCUUCUCACACCACUGCGGCGACCCUUCGAGGCCCGCACGUGCCGGCUGGAGGUGGACUCAACGCGCCGUACUCCUCGCAUCGGUCGCACCCCGGGGUAGGAGGCAACGGAGGCGUGAUGGCGUCGUUGCCGCCUCAGCUCGGCCCAGGAGCGGGGAUUGUGGCCUUGCCGGGAGGUGGGGGACCCGAUGCGCGCGGUGUGGGUCAGGGCCCCAACUCGGCAGUCUCCGGUGGGGGCGUUCCAGGAGGCGCAGGCGGUCCUGGAGAUCCCCACGUUCAAGGCUCUGCUCCGCCGAGCGGUUCAAGCUCGCGCCACCCUCACCCUGGCGCCGCCGCAUCUUCCACCGACGGCGGAGCGCGCGUGAAUGGCAAGACCCAGUUAGGCGCGACGGGAACCAAUGCGCUGGGAGGCCCGCAGCCGCCCGCAGGCGGCGGAGUUGCCGGGGCGGCGGAGGGCGCGGGUGCGCCCCAGGGCAGAGGCGCAGGCGGCUCGGGCGCGGGCGCCAGCCGAGGCCCCGGUGCGCAUGCGCAGGGGGUGCCGGGAAGCGCAGGCAGCACGACUCAGGGAACGCAACCUUCUGCCGGAAUGCCGCUCGCGCAGAACCCCCCGCAAGGGUGCACGCCUCCGGCGCAUGCGUUCGCGAACCAAGCAGGUGCGCCGCAAACCCCUGGCUGGCCAGGAGGCGUCGGCCUCGGAGUCAACGCGGGGUUGGUGGCGGGCGUUGUCGUCGCGGGAGGCGCCGGCGCGGCUGGCUUUCCGCCCCAUCCGCAUGCGCAGAACCCAGGAGGCGCGCUGGUGGGACCACACCCGAGCCACGGAGGCGUGCCUGCGCCUGACGGCGCAGCGGCAGUGGGGGUGAUGGGUCCGGCGGCGUCGGAGCCGCAGAGCCAAGCGGCGGGCAUGGGCGGAGCUCUCGGCGCGGGAAUGCUCGCAGGCCCAGGAGGAGCUGCGAUGAUUCCCGACGGACUAGCAGCAGGCGCGAUGCCGUUUGGAAUGGGUGGCCUUGCGAUCAACAGUCACAUGGCUCAGAUGAACAUGAUGAGCGGGAACUUCAUGGGCCAGCCGCCGCCGCCUCCGACGCACCACGGCCUCCAGAGACAGCCUCCGCACCAGCAGGGUUUGGUGGGCAACGCCGUUAACAUGCGAAUGGGCCCAGGGACGGUUGCAGGCGGCCCUCAUCAAGGAGCCGGCGCGAGCGGUCAUCCGACCGGCGCCAACGCGCCUCACUUUGCGCCUUUCCAGUCCCUCUCUUCUUCGGAGAAGAGUGGAAAAGGUGGCAGAGGGCCCUCAGGAGCGCCAAGAAGCCGAGAGGUCGGAGAUUUUGUUAGUUCCCUCAUCAACAAAACCCGACACGAAAAACUUACUCAAAUCUCUCCAGAAUGGACAGGUCUCGGCUCGGACUCGUACCGGAUGAUCCUCGGCCAGAUUCCCCCGACGUCCUUUCCCCAAGCCGCGGCGCUCCCUGCGGCAGCGCUCAGUGCCCCCAUUGCGCCUUUCCCAAUUUUGCAUCCGCAGCUGUCGGCGCCGUUGCCUGCGGGUCCUCUCUUCAGUCUUCAUCCUCGCAUUCUCUUCCCCGCGGGCCCGCAAGCGUUCCUGUCCCCGGCCGCGGGAGCGCCGCCCCACCCCGGCGCCAUGUCCUACCCUCUGAUGUAUCCGCCUCUCCCUCUCCAGCACAUCUCCCCGGUUGUCUCGAAUCCCGCAGCUGCGGCGGCUGUGGCGGCGGCAGCGGCUGCGGCCGUUCAAGGCCACGCCUCGCAUCCCGGCGGGGCGGCGCAGGCUCUUCCCGCUCCAGGUGGACCCGCAGGCGCCUUGCCGAACAGCCACAACCAGCCGGUGGUCGGCGCUGGAGGGCUCUGUCCCCCUGCGCUGGGCAACGCGGGAGCGGGGAGUGCGUUCCACGCCCACAUGCAGCCGGGACCGAAUCGAGGGGCUGUGCAGCCGAGAGGAGUCGGAGCCGUCGCUGGACUGCCGUGUGCGUUUCAGGUGCCCCCAGGCCAGCCGCAGGCCGGCCAGCCGCAGCCCGUGGUGGGCAUGGCAGGCGCGGCGAUGGGUCAGUCGGUCGCGCAAGCCACGCCUGCAAACUUUGCUGCCAUGGCGGCUGCGCUCGGCCACCAACACUUUCAAGGAGGAGGCGUCAUGGGCGCCGCCCACGCAGUCCCGUACGUCCCCCAGCCGCUGGCCGGCCUCGCAGGGCGGCCUCUGGCUUACGCCCCGAUGGUGGGGACGCCGCAGCAGGGCCUGCUGCACGGCUUGGGGGCGCCGCAGCAAGCUGUCGUGCCCGUGCCGCCCUUGCUGGCCACGCCUGCAGCCGCAGGCGUCCCUCAUCCGACUGCGGCGGGCGCGAUCGCUCCAGUUCCGGAGACUGCGAUGCAGGCGAGCGGCGGGCAGAGCGGAGGGAGUGCAGGGGGAAUGGGUGCUCAGAGCGGUGGCGCAGCCACGGGCGCGUCGGCGGGGAGUCCGGGGAAUGCAGGCGGAGCAGCGCCUGCAGGAGCGUCACAGGUUCCCGGAGCAGACGGAGGCGCCGCCAGCAGUGGCGGCAGCAGCGCAGCAGCUGGGGCAACUGGAGGGACGACAGUCAGCGGUUCGAGUGGAGGGGGACCAGGGAAGAGCCUCGGAGCAGGAAGUGGAUCCGAGUGA